CCACGUGGGCUCGCCGGUAUCUGCCGCGCGCUCAGCCAAUAGGCGCGCAGCAGGGAAAAGCUUUUGAUAGCGUUGGGCCAAUCAGAGACAGAGUGGCCUGGCGCGGAACACCCACAGAAGAUUGGGCUUUAAAUAAGAGGAGUUUCGGCUCUGAGAGGCACAGAGAGCUCUACUCACGCACGGAACUGACUGAGAAGCAAACGGACGCCGGCAGGACUCUAUACCGAUCUGGAUUACCGCUUGUUGGGACUUUAUUUCUGGACUUUUUACGGACAGUCGCCUCCCAGUGAGCGCUGUGGAUAUUUGUUCUUAUCCUGGAUCUUGUGGAUUACUUUACUGACUUCAGUAUGACCCUCGAAGAGGUUGUUGGAUCCAACAGCACCGACAAAAAGAUGGAGACGGUGACUCAGGCUCUGGAGGAGUUGCUGGUCGCGGCGCAGCGGCAGGACGGACUCACGGUGGGAGUCUACGAGUCUGCCAAACUCAUGAAUGUAGAUCCGGACAGCGUGGUUCUGUGCGUCCUCGCCACGGACGAGGAGGACGAGGAUGACAUCGCGCUGCAGAUCCACUUCACGCUGCUGCAGGCCUUCUGCUGCGACAACGACAUCAACAUCCUGCGGGUGUCCGGCAUGAGGCGGCUGGCCCAGCUGCUCGGAGAGGACACCGAGGACAGCAACGGCAACGAGCCCCGGGACCUGCACUGCAUCCUGGUCACUGUAAAACCCGCCGGUGCAGCCGCUGCAGUGCCAGGCUCUGAAGGAGGUCAGCAGCUUCUGCGAGGAGAGCCGCUGCACCAACCAGUGGGUGCCCUGCCUGCAGCUGCAGGACCGCUGAGCCCAAACCAGCCGACCCCAACCGAGUCCGACCGCCGAGGAGCGGUGAGAAAGAGAUGGAAUCACCCAAACGGCCAGUCCUCCUCCGAGGAAGAGGAGGAACUGACGUUUGAGAGACGGGGCGGGACCAGAGCGAGUUCGCCUUCCUGCCGAGUGGAUGGGUUGACCGGUCCGGUCCAGGCAGCGUGAGAGGUGUGGGGACUAUUUGUCCCCGCCCGGCCGGCCGCCGGACCGGCCCUGCUGGGGGAUGCGGGUCCCGGAGACGCACAGAGGGAGACUUUUUUUUUGCUGAGUGACGCAAAUCUGAGCGUCACCAACAGAACUGAAGGGACUGAGGAUCUGCUGGUGACCGAGCUGCAGGUGUUCUGCUCACCUGUGCACGUGCAUAUGGACUUUGAACAAUCAUUAGCCUGCUUUCUGUUACACACUGAUGUCACGCCUGUUUAUUUAAGUGAGAAGAUUAAUAUAUUGGUCAGAAGAAAGUCUACUUGUGAACUUUACCUGAAUAAAUUAUUGACAGAAAUGUGAGA